AUGUCACCACCCCUCCUGUCCAAGCCCAAAGAAGGCGAAGUCCUACAACUCUAUCUAGCCGUCAGCUCAACAGCAGUCAGUGCGGUCCUAGCUCGAGAAGACGAAACGCAACAGCUACCUAUCUACUACAUCAGUAAGUCACUACUAGAAGCAGAAACCAGGUAUUCCUCCCUCGAAAAACUCGUUUUAGCACUCGUUACCGCAACAAAAAAGCUAAGGCAUUAUUUUGAAACUCACCAAAUAGUGGUGAUGACUAAUUAUCCAAUCAAGUAUGUGAUGCGUAGACCAGAACUAACAGGUCGAAUGGAGAAAUGGACGAUGGCGCUAGGAAGCUUCGACAUCAAGUACCAACCGAGAACGGCUGUAAAAUCGCAGGCCCUAGCAGAUUUUGUGGCAGACUUUAGCCCCGACUUGGAGAAGAUAGCGGACGACGAAGUCAAACUCAUCAAUAACAUAGAAGAGAUAUGGACACUCUUCGUCGACGGUUCAUCUAACUUUCGCGGUGCAGGUCUAGGCGUCGUACUAAAGUCGCCACAAGGGGACAUGAUAGCACAGGCCAUUUGCUGCGAUUUCAAAGCGACAAACAACGAAGCAGAAUACGAGGCGCUAAUCGCUGGACUGACGUUAGCUGAUGAAUUGGGGGCAAGCGGACUCAACAUAUUCAGCGACUCACAAUUAAUCGUCAACCAGAUCAAUGACGACUAUGAGGCUAAAGACCUAAAAAUGACCUUAUAUCUCGAGAAAGCAAAAAAGCUAGCCUCUAAAUUUAAACCCUUCUCCAUUAAACAAGUGCAACGAGACUUGAACACACAAGCCGACGCCCUUGCCAAUCUAGGAUAUGCACUCAGAAAAUCACCAUUCUUGACCAUACCUCUAGUACACCUACUGUCACCCGCUAUUGAAAAGGACAUACCACAAGACGCUAGCCUCGUCCUAUCAACCACAAACACGGAUAACUGGACCAAACCCAUUCUCGACUACCUAACACACGAAACCCUACCCGACGACAAGCUCGAAGCCAGGAAGAUACUUUUCAAAGCAUCACGAUAUGUUAUUUUGCAGGGCAUACUAUUUAAGAGAUCAGCGAACGGAAUGUUGAUGCGAUGCGCAGAAAAAACAGAAUGGCAAAGGUUACUAAAGCAAUACCACGAAGGAGAAUGCGGCGGACACGAAGGAGGACGAAGCUUGUCAACCAGGAUCAAAAGAAACGGAUACUAUUGGCCAGCAAUGCUCAAAGACGCAAUGAGGUAUGUAGCUAAGUGCGACAAAUGUCAACGACACGCAGGUAUGACACAUAAACCAUCUGAAUUCUUACACCCCACCUUAACUCCAUGGCCUUUCAUGAAAUGGGGAAUGGACAUCGUCGGUAAACUACCCGUCGCCCCAGGACAGAAGGUCUUCAUGCUAGCUCUAACAGAUUAUUUUUCUAAGUGGAUAGAGGCAGGCGCGUUCCAACAAGUAAGAGACAAAGAGGUGUGUUCGUUUAUAUGGACUAACAUUAUAUGCAGGUUCGGAGUACCAUCAGAAAUCAUAUGCGACAACGGAUCACAAUUCAUCAGCGACAAGACCAGGGCUUUCUGCAAGACAUGGAACAUCGAGCUAAAGACGUCGACGCCAAGAUACCCACAAGCAAACGGACAGGCGGAAUCCAGCAACAAAACGAUCAUCACAUCGCUAAAAAAGCGGCUGGACGACAAAAAGGGACGAUGGGCAGAAGAGUUGCCAUCCAUCCUAUGGGCCAAUAGGACGACGCCUAGGACGGCAACGGGACAGACUCCCUUCUCACUUGUUUACGGGUGCGAGGCAGUACUACCCCCUGAAGUGACAUUGCCCAGUGCACGAUAUGGACUCAUGACACCGGAGCAAAACGACGUGGAACUUAGUGAAAAUUUCGACAACACAGAAGACUUCAGAGAAGCAGCAUUGAUAAGGAUGGCGUCGCAGCAACAGAUCGUGGCAAAGUGCUUCAACAAGAACGUCAAAGUAAAAGUGUUCAAGGAAGGCGACUGGGUGCUGCGCAAGGUAUUUCAAAAUACGAAGGAACUAAACGCAGGUAAACUCGCACCAGCUUGGGAAGGACCGUACUUGAUCGAUAAAAUCUUCGGAAAGGGGGAAUACAGACUCGUCAUAUCAUUUUUGAACAUUCGUCGUAGCCAAUUUUAUCAGUUGUCGUACCAUCGUUUCUACCUUUUUCUUUACUUUUUAUCGCUUUAUUUUCAUUCGAAACCAUUACUGACUUAA